UUGAAAUGUUUGAUGAUCAUCGAACAUAUCUGAAUCGGAACACACUGUGCGACAGUUCUCAUAAAUUGUAUAUAUAUAUAUUUCUUAUUAUCAAAUAUUCUGAACAAUAAAAGACACGCACAAGCCGUGCAAAAUGCACACAAUCAGCAGCAAAAGCCUCAGCGGCGAGGAGAUGGCCGAGGUGCACAAAUGGCUCCAACAAUACGACAUAAAUACAUCGCGUUUGCGACGCGAAUUCUCGGACGUUUUGCCAUUGGCGGAGAUGAUGAAACGGGAUCAUCCACGUUUGGUCGACCUGAACAAUUUUCCGAAACGGAGCAGCGUCCAGUUGAAGGUGGCCAAUUGGGAGACGUUCAAUUAUAAAGUAUUGACCAAAUUCAAUUUGACAUUGAGCCGUGAAUUUAUCGAGAUGCUCGCGACGGGCGCCCAUGGGGCGGCCGAGGUGUUGCUUCAUGAGAUCAUGAGAUUGAAGAAGCGUCAGCGUGUCGUGGAGACAAGAAAUGCGAUACUCGCUCAGGAGCAAAUCUGGGAGGAAAACGAUGAGGUAAAAACGGUGGUCGUUAACAAGCAGGUGGGCGAUGGCAUCGUGCAGGUGCCACAAAAGAUGAUUCUCUACUCGCUGUAUGAGAAAAUGGCACGCGACAAUCAGACCAAGGAUCAAAUUAUUGAAUCGAAUCAAAAGCGUUUGGCCCACAUGGAGAACAUCAUCAAAGUGAAGACCGAGCGUAUCGAUGAGCUGCUCAUGCAAAUGGGCAAAGCCCCCAACAAGCUAUGCAAUAGUCCACGUCUGCAAUGCUCCAGUGUCACAAGACUUCCAUCCACAUCUAUGAUAAGCUACGAGGCAUUGGGCGCUAUACGUAAACGACAUCCAAAUACGCCGGCCUCAUCCGAUUAGGGGCAUGCGCACACGUGGACAGAAGGAAAGCGAGAGACAUAGAGAAAGAGGGAGAUGGAGAGGGAUAGAGAGAGAGAGAGAGAGGGAGAGAGAGGG